AUGCGAACCACCCCUCUCUUGACAACGAUCUUCUUUCUGUCUUCCAUUGCACUCGCCGCAGCGCCUUCUGGUUUCAAUCCCAAUGACUAUAAGAAACAGUCAGUGACGUGCCAAGCGGUAAAGCGAGACGCUGGAGAUACCAUUAUCGACAUCACGAUGAGUUAUGUCGACAUCAAUCCCGCUGCAAAGAAAACAUUACUUUUGGUCCAUGGAUGGCCCAGUCUUUGGAGCACGUGGUCGUAUCAAAUACAAGAGUUCAAGAAUGAUUAUCGUUUGGUUAUCCCCGACUUGCGUGGUUUUGGAGAUUCGACGCAUCCUGACGACGUAGAAAGCUCUGGCACAAUGUUUGACCACGUCGGAGACCUUGCCUGUGUCCUUAAGGAUGCCAAGGUUGACUCAGCUAUCUGUGUUGGUCAUGAUUGGGGUUCGGCUGUAUGUUACGAAGCAGCACGUUCUCGGCCACAUUUGAUCGAGGCGGUUGUGGGUGUCGCCGUUCCUUACAUUCCUGCAGCAGGCGAUUAUGUGCCAGUCAAACAUCUGGUCCCGGUACUUCCCAAGCUUGCUUACCAGCUCUUCUUCAGCGGCAAAACCAAGGAAGCAAUCGCCGAGCUUGACAAGGACAUUAAGAGGACUGUCCGGGCGACUCUGCGUACAGGUGCCAGUCCGCCACCGCCUUUGUUUCUUUCAAGCGCCGAAUCAUUUUUGGCUGCGUGGAGUGAAAUCGAAGAGAUUCCCCCCGUGCCGUUCUUCUCUGCCGAAGAAGAGGAAUAUUUCAUUGAACAGUACAAGAAGCAAGGGUUUAGGAACACACUUCAAUUCUAUACCGAUUCAAACCGUUAUGCGACGUGGAAGUUUGCCAAGGAUCAAGGCAAUCAUACCAUUCCCCAACCAGUGUUUGCCGUCCUUCCUAAGCAUGAUCCUGUUGCUGACUGGGCGUUCGCUGCAAAGCUGCUCAAAUCCGAGAUAUUCCUGCCAAAGUUGACUACAAAGAUGAUUGAUGGUGGACAUUGGGCACAUCUCGAGUAUCCUGAGGAGUUCAAUGCUGCGCUGAAACGUUGGUUAGAUGGACUACAAGGACAACUAGGAGAGGGAGAGCACGUUUUCGAUGAACUCUAG